UGUAAAUACAAAUUAAUAAAGUUUUUUCCUCGUUUGUUUUCAAACUGUACACAAACACGCUGGCGCCACCUGCUGGAUGGAGGCUGAACCGCCAGAACGGAACAUUGUGGAGAAGCGGGGAGGACCGGGGCGCUGCCUGGCUGUGACACCGCGGUGGUGCUGCUAAUCAAGCUAACUUCAGUUAACGCUAGCUGCACACUCCCGUAACAAAAAAGAUGGCAUCUGUUUCUAUUCCCACAUCCACCAGUGCCCUUUUGCUGGACAUCGAAGGAACCACCACACCAAUAACGUUUGUUAAGGAUAUCUUGUUUCCCUACAUCAGGGAGCAUCUUGAGGAUUACCUGUCCACUCACUGGGAGGAAGAUGAGUGCAAACAAGAUGUUCAUCUCCUGAAGAAACAGAUUGAGGAGGACAUGAGGCAGAACCGGGCGUGUCCUGUCCACACCGUGGACCAAACGGUCCACACAGAUGAGGAGAAGGCCAUCCGGGAGGUCGUGGAGAGUGUGCUGUGGCAGAUGGCUGCAGACAGGAAGUCCACAGCACUCAAACAGCUGCAGGGUCACAUGUGGAGGGCAGCUUAUACUUCUGGAAGAAUCAAAGGCGAAAUCUAUCCAGAUGUGGUUCCUUCCAUUAAAACAUGGCGAGAACGCGGCCUGAAGGUCUACAUCUACUCCUCGGGAAGCGUGGAGGCUCAGAAACUCCUGUUCGGAUACUCUGUCGAAGGAGACGUUCUAGAUUUAUUUGACGGCCACUUCGACACCACGAUAGGAGCUAAAGUAGAUGCUAAAAGCUAUGAGAGGAUUGCAGAGAGGAUCGGCUUCCAACCUGAGGAGAUCACCUUCCUGACAGACGUAACCAGAGAAGCGAAAGCUGCAGAAGAAGCUGGGGUGAACGUCCUGGUGGUGGUUAGGCCUGGAAACAUGGAGCUGACGGAUGAGGAAAGCUCCCAAUAUAACCUCAUUACCUCCUUUAGCCAGCUCCAGCUGACGGGAUGUGUUUAACACAGCGAGGAGGGUGGCAGGAGCCUCCAGACGUCUCUUCAUGUCCACCUUUUCCUUCUCUUCUUUGUGUCCCCAACUUUUUACAACCCUGGUGUUUUCUGUCAUUCCACAUUAACAGCCGGAGGUGCUGGGACUCCGUUAACCACCUGUAGGGCUAACUAAGUCUCACGUUCCACCAGGAUGGAUUAUUAGAAUAACCUGAGUGGAAGCUCACUGAAUGAACUGAAAUUACAGUUUGAAGCAAACUGCAGAUGAACUGUGAGGGAGUUGUACCUUUUUAACUCUUAGAUGAAGAGAAUAUUUGACUGCCACUUUCCAACUGUAUGUAUAUGUGUGUGUGUGAGAGCCAUUUUUGUUCACGUUUCCCGCUCGUACACUUACAAACGUGCUGCCGUUUUACCUGUGGUCCUGUUUUAGAAAGUAGAAAACUCAUCCCCACCUCUGUCUAAACCCCUGCAGGUGUGUGUGUCUUUAAAUGUAACAUCUGUGGUUUCAUCUGUAAAGAAAACGAUGUUAAAACUUGCCAAACUGAUGAUCGGUGUGUAAAACAGUGGGUAUUAAUCAGGAAAUGACCUUCCAAUAAAUGCCUUGUCUCA